GUGGCGCAUGUAGCUUUGUGAAAGACGGACGGCUGAUGGAGACAUUUUAAAAUAAACACACAGCUAACUGCUAACGGCUAACAGGGCUCGCAAAGGUGCGAGCGCACUGCGCCAAAACACGUUCAAAUUCUUCCAAGUUGUAAAGAAGUAAAGUAUAAUUAGCAGUACAGUGUUUAUGCAUCGUAAAUCAAAGAGGCUACAGAUAACCGAAGAUGUUGAAAAGUCUGACACUGGGAAAAUAAGAAUAUAACUAACGCCGAGCAGGUGAGCUCCUGUCCAGGCACAUUGGUCCAUGUUUGAUGGACCUUUGGGCUCUGGGCUCAACUAGCAUGAAGAUGGCUGACUCAGACAAGGCAGAAGAAUUUGUCGAUGCUGAGUGCCCCCCAGAGUGCCUUGAUGAAGCACAAUCAGCCACAAGCUCUGUCCAGGGAGAGCAGGAUGAGCAUCUGAAAACGGAGACCACCACCAGUACCAGCUCACCACCAAAGGAGGCAGACAGCCCUUUGAAUACAGAGGGUGAGCAGAGUCUCCUCUCCAUGCCAUGCCUGAUGAAGGAGCUCCGCCGAGACUCCCCAGAGUCCCAGCAUGCCUCUACAGGAAGUGACAAGCCAGUAUCCUGUCAUGUCUAUGAGAGUGACUCCUCAAACCCCUGCAUGCUCUCCCCCUCAUCUAGUGGCCACCUUGCUGACUCAGACACACUCUCCUCAGGGGAAGAAGGUGCUGCUCCUCCUAUGGGAAAAGAUGGAGAGGGCACCAUGGAAGCUGCAAAUGAUCCUGGGCAGGCAGCAGGAAGGCAAUCAUCUGCUACGGCUAUAGGGGGGAGGAAGUCUCGGCGGUCACGUUCAGAAAGCGAGAUGCCGCCUAAUGCAAUGGCUGCAAAGAAAAACCGCUGCCAGCCCACCUUGGUAGCAGCAGGAGGGCAGGAAAAACAAACCAAUGGCAAGCUGGCAAAAGUGAAAGGUCACCGGAGCCAGAAACACAAGGAGCGAAUACGUUUGCUGAGGCAAAAACGGGAGGCAGCAGCACGGAAGAAGUAUAACCUGCUGCAGGACAGCAGUACGAGUGACAGCGAGCUCACGUGUGACUCCAGCACCAGCUCCUCUGAGGACGAGGAUGAUGACACCUCAGGAGGUAGCAAGACAAUCAAGACAGAUAUUUCAGCUGGCUUCAGACGUGCAUCGGAGAGAUCCAGAGUGGGCGCCCAGAUUCAUGGGCUGCUGGACACCAGUUCGUGGGACAGGAACGGCAUCGGCAGUGUACUGGAGGAGGCCAUGACGCGAUUUGCUGUGAUGCAGCGCCAGACUGAGGAGCGCUUCCGCAUCUGGAUGGAAAAGCUUGCACACCUCGACUCGGACAACGAUUCGUCCAAGCGCUCAAGUGAUGCCGUAGACGGGCAGCAGCAUCCACCCCAUGGGGGACACCCGUCCCCACCCAGUUCCUUUUUGCCAUCGUCAGAGUCUUCAGAGACUAUGGCUGCCUACAUGUUGGCACGAGAGAACAACAGUCUCACUUCCACCCCUAACAACAACAACACCCUACCUGAAGUGGUAACUCAGAAUGGAAAUCUAGGUGUUCCAGAUCCUGGUCUCUUGAAUGUUUAGAUUUCACUUCUACACCACUCCUCGUUGUUUCAUACUUUGAUCUUACCAAGAGUGGAACUACUUGAUGCGGAAAGCAUGGCAAUGGGUAUUAAUAGGUGAAUGAUGCGAGCUCACUAAACGGAUACACCAACAGCAGCUGGGCCCGAGCUGGCCAUUUGAACUUGACUCUGUGCAAACCUGAGGCCCAGUCAGUGCAUCGGCUGGCACUGAAUCACUGUGAGAUUUGACAGAAUAAUUCAACUCCCCUGUUUGAUUUCUGCAGCAUCUGUAACACACGGCAUAUCUCAAUAGACUGUUGAGUCAGGGCACUUAUUGUAUUGCUUAUCGUCUCGCUUGUUUGUUUUUGUGUAACACACACACACACACACACACACACACACACACACACAGAUCAUGUCAUACUUACAGCACCUGGGCAGCUGGGUGGGGUGCUGCUGCUUAAUAGCAUGUGCCUUGUCAUUCUGACUUCACACUGGGAAUGAUAGCUGGAGCAUCAUAGUACUAAUUUCUUUAGAAAUUGGGUUCAACACUCUACAUUACGCUUCUUUCUCCUGAACUAUGUUUGCACUUUGCUUGUAAAUGGUUCAGGACUUUUAAAUUCUUGGGACAACCUUUAUUUUGGUGGUAUAGCUUUACUAACAAAUUAAACAUUUACAUAACAAUAUAAAUUUGCCUCUAAAUAUAAACACUAUACUAACCCACACAAUUUCUUGCUUUUUAAAAUCCUAUGACGUAAUUAGAUUAGAUGUGUUUACAUUUUGUAAUGUUUGCGUUUCUGUUACAUUUGCUGCUAUUGCUGCCUUUGUGCAGUAACAAGAAACUAGUGAGGGAGUUCUGACUCCCAAUGUUUAUUUUUAGUAGCCUAUGUAUAUGGACAUCAGAUAAGGCAUGGGUUCCUAUGUUGUGGCUAUUAGCUGCAACGUCGAGAGCCUCAAAUUUUCACUCAUAUAAUAUUUGCCUAGUUAGUUUUUUACGUGUACUGGGCUGCCAGCUUGGCCUGUGCUCCACAAGGUGCUGCGUGUUCCGCAGCAUGAUUUUUACCUGAAAACCCAGGCGUCAAACUAAAACAUACAGCUGUUAUCCAGCUGCAGUAUGAUGCAUGGCAAUGUUUACUGAUUUCCUAAGAACUAAGUGAUCUGAGUGAUCAAGUGGCCUUCUCUGGUUCAGAUCCUGUGGUCUUUUGGGUGGAAACACUCCACCACAACCCUCUCCUUAAACUACUUUUACUGAUGUAGAUGGCCAUAGUGUCACAGUUCCUAACACUGCUAACACUAUCUAACCAUCAAAUACAUUGAUGAAGAAAUCUUUGGCCUAAUCAUAUUUAUAGUUAGGAUGUUAAAAAAAAGUGUUACAUUUUACUGUAUGUGUAUAUGUAGCCCUAUGUCUGUUAGGUUUUACAAAAGGUAAAGCUGGAGGCAUUGUUUCCCAACCUGUUUGCAUGUGGUUAUAUUAGUAUUUAGACUGUGCAAGGCCAAAUUAGUUUUCAUCAGCAGCAUGUGUGCAAGGUAUACCUUUGCUUAUGCUGAUACAUGGUGACUGACAGAACAUUUUAUCUAUUUAGUUGUUUUCUCUUGGCCUAAUUGUUUUGUUUCCAGUUGUGUGAAUAUUGGUGUUUUUGGUUCAUGGUGCAUACUUACUAACAUUUGGUUUAAAUGGAUCCAACAGCUGCUGUCUUGCAUUUGUUAAAACUGAAAUUACCUUUAAAUCAACUGU